ACUGGUAAGUAAACAGCUGUUAAUACUAAUGUGGGCUAUGUAGCAUUAGCAAAACCAUUGCUUGACAAGAGCCUCGGGCAUAGUUGUGUUUACAAGACAAGAGGUUAUAAUACAUCCUGUGAGAAGCGCUACGUCUUCAGGACAGAUUGGAGGCUACAGUGAGUUGCUAUCGGAAAGUGACAUGACAGGCCGGGGGUUGGUUAGUUAGCGUGAGGGAGAGACGUAAAGACGUAAUAGAGACAAGAGUUAACAUUUGCCUUACUUUUCCACCGUUAUACAGCUCUAGGCAAGUAAAGGAAUGAAGUUUUAUACUGAACUCACAACGUUUCUUCUAGACUGUUAAGUAAACAGCUGUUAAUGCUAAUGUGGGCUACGUAGCAUAACAAAACUUACAAAUAGCUCCUUCCAAGUUCUUUUUGCUAAUACUGUACUUUACCAUGUGCUAUAAUUUAAGUAGAAUUUUCAGUGUAAGAUUUUUACUAUUAAUGGGGUAUUUUUAGAUUGUUGUAUUGUUGCUGAAAGCGUAAAGGAUCUGAAUACUUCUGGCCCUUAGUUUAACUUUUCUCAGCUUGUGUGUAACAAUGAAUUUCAGUUAUAGUUUAUUAAAGGAAGUAGACUAUCUAGUGGUGGGUGGAGGGGCCAGCUCUCAUUUGCAGAAGUGAAACAGGCCUAAAGAACAUUUCAGUGGCAAACGCUAUCACAUUGGGUGCGCCUAAGACUUACACCCAGAAAAAGCGAAAGAGAGACAUCAAAGAAGAGGACAGUCCGCUUGCGCCAUGCUGGCCGAAGGUUUUCUCAGAGUGCUGCUUUACAGGGAGGAGAGAAAGUUUGCCUCUGCUUCCAAACGACACAAAACACAGACGCACACUCAUCGUCCGGACCCGUUGAAGUGUAGUCUCUCGGAGUCAGACUCUACAGACAUACGGACGGAUUCAACUGAAGCAGGUUCAAACCAGGAGGAGUUAGACUCCACCCAUGCUCAGGGACUGAGAGUGCUGCCUCAAGAUCCUGUAGGCCUCUCAAUCCCUGGGUGCUCCCCUGCCCUCACCCUGGACCCUGACCCUGUUUACAGCCUUGACGACUGUAGCCUCCUGGAACAGUAUCCAGACCUGCAGGUGGUCGACUCAGGCCGCAUCUCACACAACCUGCUGAGAGCCACUAUCGCUCAGCAGGAUUUGUACACUGCUCUCUCUGAAAAUCACCAACAUCCAGGAUGGGCAGCCCAGCAGGAGCCACAAGGGGAACCUGUUUCAUCCAUACCAGACCAGGGGUAUCUGGUUAUGGGGGCCAGUGUGAACAUCAGCCUGGAUCUGCCCGGAUCAGGGUUGGAGCCCAUGUCAAACUCUGUAUUGAAUGGGCUGCUGGAGAAACAGCUAGAAGAGGUGUACAUGCAGCACCUGACUGACAACUUGGCUCGAUGCAACUCCCACCUGGGGAACAGCCUCCUGCACGGCCUGGUGCCGCCGCCGCAGCCCGGCAGCCAGCCGCAGGGGCCAGACUCACUGGAGGCCAGUCUGGAAAGAUCAGGAGGAGACAGCGACAAGAAGAUUAGUUAUCUGAGCACCCAGAACAUAGUUCCCUGCUCAUCCAACUUCAGCUCCCCUGUACUGAGGAUUUCAGAGACUGACAAUACUCAUCAGUAAUGAAACGUGAUGAAUACAUCCUGCAAAAGUAUUAAAUGUAAUGGUUAGUUAAGCUUUUUCAUGCCUCUGUACUUCACUCCCAAGUUUACACAUACACAUGUAUAGCUAUGAUUGUGAAAUAGAGAGAAAGCGCAAUUCACUAAAAUAGUUCAUACUUUUAUUUUUAACUGUCUACAUAGUGAAUUUGUUAACUUGCUUGAUGAAAUGAUGCCUCAGAUUCACCUGCUCUCAUGUGCCACCUGCUGAUAGAUUGUUGUACUACAACACACUGAAUUUACCUGUUAUACAUGAGAAUUUCUUUUACUGACAUUAUAAGUGGGUGUCUGAUAGGCAGGUAAGAUGAUAGAGCAAACUGUAAGAUCAUUCUGCACAUUGGGGAAACCUUGUAGGCAUGUAUCCUGCAAAAUAAUCCCUACGGUAUAAAUAAACUAAAAUGAAAAAAUCUUGUCUUCUGCUUUGACAAGGGAAAUAAUAAAGAAAAUAUGCUCAUUGUUUCUUUCUGUACCAGAAUACAGCAGGAAAUAUAUGAUGUAUCAUGAGCUGAAGGACACAUGUAAAUGCCACAUUUCUAAAUGUGGAACUGAAAUCUGAUAUCAAUCUCAAAUUACAGGUUACAGGUUUUUUUU